GUCGCGCUAACUGCGCUCACAAGCCUUCCAAACCUCGUAUUAGUCGGGUGUCCUCAGCACUGGCUACGCAGUCACUGACAAAAACAGAAAAAACAGAAACCGAAAGUCCCGCAAUCAGACAAUACACAGAAGACCUGCCCAGCUAUCGACUACUUAGCAAUCACAUAACUGUAAAGUGUACAAACGAGCAGUGCAGGGACCAACAUGGCAUUCCGCGUGGCCGGACUCUUCCUGAAGAAGGAGCUAGUGGCUCCCGCCACGCAGCAGCUGCGUCUGCUGCGCACCGCCACCACGGCCCGCUCCCAGUUCCUGGCUAACUCGCCCAACACGGCGUUGGACAAGAGCAUCCUGCAGCGGUAUCGCAACCUUGAAACGCCCGCCAAUAGGGUGCAGGCCACUUAUCUCUGGAUCGACGGCACCGGUGAGAACAUCCGCUUGAAGGAUCGAGUCCUGGACAAGGUACCGAGCGCCGUGGAGGAUCUGCCAGACUGGCAGUACGACGGGAGCUCCACCUACCAGGCCCAAGGCGAGAACUCAGACACCACUCUCAAGCCGCGCGCCAUCUACCGCGACCCCUUCAAGCCCGGCAAGAACGACGUGAUCGUCCUGUGCGACACCUACAGCGCCGACGGCAAGCCCACGGCCUCCAACAAGCGCGCAGCCUUCCAGGCGGGAGUCGACCGGAUCGGCGAGCAGGAGCCCUGGUUCGGCAUCGAGCAGGAGUACACGCUGCUUGACGUGGACGGACGUCCAUUCGGCUGGCCAGAGAACGGCUUCCCGGCCCCGCAAGGACCCUACUACUGUGGAGUGGGUGCCGACCGCGUCUACGCCCGCGACCUCGUGGAGGCCCAUGCCGUGGCCUGCCUGUACGCCGGAAUCGAUUUCGCCGGCACCAAUGCAGAGGUAAUGCCCGCCCAGUGGGAGUACCAAGUGGGUCCGAGCAGCGGUCUUAAAGCCAGCGACGAUUUGUGGGUGUCGCGCUACAUCCUGCAGCGCAUCGCCGAGGAGUACGGCGUGGUGGUGACCUUCGACCCCAAGCCAAUGGAGGGCCAGUGGAACGGAGCCGGUGCCCACACCAACUUCUCCACGAAGGCCAUGCGCGCCGAAGGCGGAAUCAAGGCCAUCGAGGAGGCCAUAGAGAAGCUGAGCAAGCACCAUGAGCGCCACAUCAAGGCCUACGACCCCAAGGAGGGCAAGGACAACGAGAGGCGCCUGGUGGGUCGUCUCGAGACUUCCAGCAUCGACAAGUUCUCGUGGGGCGUGGCCAACCGGGCGGUGAGCGUGAGGGUGCCGCGUGGCGUGGCGACGGCAGGCAAAGGAUACUUUGAGGACCGGCGGCCCAGCUCCAACUGCGAUCCCUACGCCGUGUGUGGAGCCAUCGUCCGCACCUGUCUGCUUAACGAGUAGGCAGUCGGGGAGGGAAAAUCUUGUGUACAUAGUAUAUUAUUGAAUUUUAAAGCGUAACCGAUCAUUUGGCUACAUUUCGGUUCAAGUGGAGCAAAAUUUUGUUUGCUUAUUCAAAAAAGACAGGAGGGCGAGGCACGAGUAGCGUGCGAUUAGCAUUUAAGAAUGUGGGUGGGAGGCAAGAAGUACAGAAAACGAAGAAAAAAUUAAACCUGAGACCGAUGGGGGCCCCAAGAAUAUUCUGCCAUAAAUAUUUUACAAAUUAUGUAUACCUUAUCGUUGAUUUAAUCUAAAUAAUAAACAUCAUAACAAAGAAAAAUCAUUUAAAUUUGCAAAAAUUCUGUCCAAUAAGAGUUUUAAAAUUUUAAGCUUUUAACUGACUUGUUACUUGAUACUUCCAAAUGGAACGUUAAAAAAAAAAGAAUAUCACUGAAAUUUGACGAUAUCUAUAUUAAUCAUUCAUAUCCUCACGCACGUACAUAUGAAACACUAAUUGUUACUAUAUCUAGCUUUUUGAGUAGAAGUUGUUAACUACAAUUAUAUGGCACGUCAGAUCUGUCGCAACUGUUCAGCAUUGCCAGCAUUUUACAUCAAUAUAUAUGUACUUUCAUUAUAAAUGUCUCUCUAGUUCAAGCACCCUGAAAAUUAAGAAUUCCAAUGCAAUUCAAAUAAACGUUCGAGUAAAAGCAAAGUUGUAAACAAAACAAAA